CGCCAAUAAAAGAGAGGCAUGGCGGAGGAGAUCGUGCCCAACUCGGUGGGCUGGUACAUCCUCGAGGGCUACCCAUGGUGGCCCGUGUACAUCUGCGACGUGUUCAAGCUGCGGCCGACCCUGCACCUUCUGGGUAGCGGCCACAAGAAGAUCCUGAAGAAGGCGCGGGACUUUCCGGAAGACUUUAUUGUCGUCUACUACUUCGGCUCGCAUGACUUCUCACUGGUAGGACUGAAGAAGGGCGUGUUGCGGCCAUGGGACUGCGCCCAGAAGGACCAGUUCCUCAAAGGCCAUCCACAGCAUCUAGCAAAGAAGAAAGGUGUGAUGGAGGACUUAACAGAGGCCGUACAGGAGGUAGAGGAGUAUCUAUCACAGCCCGAGGACAUUCGUCUACCGCAGCACAUGGUCCCGUCCGAUCUCGACCCGACACUGGAGCCUCCACCGCCCGAGCUUGUGCCUCAAGAGGAGGCAGCAGACCCCGAUAAUAUGGACGAUUUUGAGCCAGUAGAUGAGGACGACGUGCCGGAAGACGAUGAGGAGGAGAAGAAACGCAAGAAAAAAGACAAGAAAGACAAAAAGAAGAAGGAGAAAGUCAAGAAGGAGAAGAAAGACAAGAAGCGCAAGAGCGAGUCGACCGCGAAAAAGACGUCUCCGAAAGUAGCUAAGACGUCAGAUACGGACGCUAAGAGCCAGACUGCAGUUAAAGAACCCACGGAGGAGAAGAAGCCUCCUCCAUCGGAUCUGACGACCGAGGCGCUGAGUAUUGUUCUCGAGAAGGAGAUCCGCUGGAUCCUCGUCAACUGUCCGUUCGAGGAGAUGACUACAAAGACAGUGCGGAAGCUGCUCGAGGACCGACUUCAUAUGGAUCUACGUCAUCACAAGGCGUCGAUUAAAGAAGGAGUGGCUCGCGUUAUUGCGUCGAUGGAGGAGGAAGACGCCGCUGACUCGACGUCCACAGCUUCAGAAGAUAUUACGAUGGCUACAGAUGACGCAGGGCUGAAGGCUGAGCCGAGUGACGCUGCUGACGCUACGGAAAGGACGAAACUAGAGCUCGAAGCAGCGUCCAAGAACUUGUCGUUGGCGUUGGAACUAGAGUCCAAGAUCAUGGACGCGUUGGACCCGUUGAAGACGCUAGACAGUGUAGAAAAAGACGUGCUGGCGACGUCGACUCUGCAGCCGAGACUGGUGAAGCUGAGAGCGCAUAGGUCGUCCAAGAUCUCGGAUCUGGUGACGCUUUUGGUCAAGAAAUGGAACGUUGAGGAUCUGGUUCCAGCUCCUAAACCCAUCAGGAAGGAAGAGAUUCUGGAACUGAAAUUGAAGGUGGAGAACGCCGACACGUCGCAUGACGAGAUGCUGGUGUGCUUGAACCAGCUGGGCGAGAUGCCGCUGACAAUAGAUCACUUGAAGAAGACGGGGAUUGCACGCGCAGUGUCCAAGUUACGCCAGCAUGGCAACGACAAGGUUUCUGCGAAGGCACAUGAGCUCCGGCAAAAGUGGAUUAAGCAGAUUAACGAGCAGUCUGCAGACCAUGGUACCCGCUAA